AUGAAGACUCGAGGUUCAAAGAAGCAUAUUUUAACUCCUAAAAUUUCAAUAGGUAUUUAAAUAAGAUAGCUAAACAAAUUUGCUUAUGCUAUUUUAUAUAGAAAUUUUUAAUUUAUUUUUAGAAACUUAACAAAAGUAAGAAGAAAAAAUAGGUGAUCCAAUUAUAACAAAAGUUGAUAUGGAUAAUGAAGACUAGAUUAAAUAAACAAGUGUCAUUAAUUUUCACUAUAAUUAAGGUAUUAAAAAACUAUAAAUUACAAAAUCAUAUCCAAUUGAAAAAAGCGGUAAUAUAUUCUAAAUUUUAAGUAGGUUUUAAAGCAAACAAAACAAGAAGCAAACCUAUUAUAUUGGAUUUAUUUAAUAGCAUAAAAUAAGGUUAGGAUAAUAAACUAUAUGAUGUUAUGGAUGUCAAUCAAUAUAUGUUAUUGAAAGAUUAAUAAUAGUCUUAAAAUAUUCCAAAAUCAUUAAGAUGUAAAUGCAAUAAAUCAAUGUGUUUAAAAUAAUAUUGUGAUUGUUUUGCCAAUGGAAAUAUGUGCACUAAUUAAUGUUAAUGUUAAGGUUGUCACAAUAGUGAGGAAUAUAUGGAAGAAAGAGAAGAAGCCAUUAAUAAGUUAAAAAUUUAAAAUUCAUCCUUUGAAGUACAAAUAAUGAUAUUAUAAAACUAGAAAGAAGCUCCAGUUGGAAUCAGUUGUAAAUGUAAAAAGUCUAAAUGCACAAAGAAAUAUUGUGAUUGUUACUAAAAUAAACAAAAAUGCAAUGAUAAUUGUUAAUGCAAUAAUUGUGAGAACUAAUUAGAAAAGGUUGAAUAUAUAGAAUAAAGAUUAAAUCAACAUUCAUUAUCAUAAUUUGAUGAGAAUAGCCGAUAUCCAAAGUCUCCAAUUAUCUGCAGAGGAUAAUAUUUAUUUAGAAGGAAUGACAGUAUGAAUUAUUCUAAUUCUUUUGGUUAUUCUAGAAGUAUUUUAUAUUAAAUAUGAUAGAAAUUCUAAUUUAAUAAGAAGGCCCAUAUUAUUUAAAGCAAGACUCUUAAGGAUUUAAUUGA